CUGUUGGAUUCGUUGGUUUAUGCAUUAUGAUUAAGAUUCGUGAGGAAAUCCCAUCCAACGGCUGCAGAUUCUUCUCAAUUCGACUUCACCGCAGCGAGCGUCGUCUCAAAUCGACUUCAUAGCGAUGCUCGGCGGCGGCAUCGAAACCCUCGGUGUCCAUCGUCGUCGGCAGCAGCCAUGGUGGAGAUGGACGCCGCAACGGUGGCUGGAGAAGGUGCGGCUCAAGUGGGUGAAGAAUCGCGGCCUCGACCACAUCAUCGACCGCGACACCGACAUCAAGGCGGCCUGCCUCCUCAAGGAUGCGAUCGCCGCCACCCCUACUGGCCUCCUCCCCGCUCGCUCCGUCGCCCCCUUCCAGAAAAAUCUUGGUCUUACCAUCCCCGUCCUCCGCUUCCUCCGCCGCUACCCCACCCUCUUCAGCGAGCAGCCCCACCCUCGCUUCCCCUCCCUCCCCGUGUUCUCCCUCGCCCCAGCAGCCCUCCUCCUCCACCGCCGCGAGCAGGCUGCAUUCGAAUCCACCCUCCCCGACGACGCUGCGCAUCGCGUCGCCCGCCUUCUGAUGAUGGCCCGCUCCCGCGCUCUUCCAGUAGCCGCCCUCGCUUCCCUCCGCUACGACCUCGGCCUUCCCCCGAACUUCUCAUCCGCCCUCCCUGCCGCUCGCCCUGACCUCUUCAGCCUCUCUCGCCGCCACUCCGACGGUGCUCCCGUCCUCUCCCUCACUGACUGGCCAGAACACCUCGCCGUUUCCGCCCUCCAACUCCGCCAUCGCGAUGUCCUCUCUCAACCCUCCUACGACGACUUCAAAAGGCCCUCGGCUUCUUCCGCCGCGCCACUCGCCUUCCCCAUGAAAUUCCCCCGGAGCUACGGCUACAUGAACAAGGUCAAGGCUUGGAUGGGGGACUUCCAUCGUCUCCCGUACGUGUCUCCCUACCAGGACGCCUCUGGACUCGAUCCCGAAAGCGACCUCAUGGAGAAGCAUGUGGUCGGCGUCCUCCACGAACUCCUCAGCCUCACCAUCCACAAGAAGACCAAGCGCAACUACCUGCGCAGCCUCCAAGAGGAGCUCGGCCUGCCUUACAGGUUCACUCGGGUCUUUACCCGUUACCCGGGGAUCUUCUAUCUUUCCCUCAAGUGCAAGACCUCUACGGUGGUUCUCCGGGAGGGCUACGACAGGGGUAAGCUGGUGGUGCCGCACCCUCUUGCACUUGUUCGGAGCAAGUUCUACUAUGUCAUGCGAACGGGACUACUGUAUCGAGGAAAGGGAACUUCCAAACUAGUACUGGAGGAGGAGGAUUUGUUGGGGGAAGGAAAUUCCAAGGAGGGGCAAACUGAUCAGAUUGCCAUUGAUACUGAGCAGCAGUACAGUGAUUCCGACGAAGAUGAUGUCAAUGCCGAUAACAACAGUGAAGAAUACUAUGAAUUGGAUGUGGAUGAUGAGGAUUCAGAUGAUGUUGGGUCGGAUGAGGCGUGAUUUUUUUGCCCCUUGUGGCUUCUCAAUGUCUACACCCUUGCCAAGUUUUAAGGUGACCUCCUGUAUGUCCUUUGUAUCCUGCAUCAGAGAAGAAUAAUACACUCGGCCUUUAAGUAAGAUUUUGAGAUCUCCAGUAGUGUUUUCCCUUUACAUGUUCAUCGACUAUACCUUGCAUCAUUUGAUGCUUCUCUUGAAUUAUACUCCUAUCAGAUAUUCAAAUCGAGAUGAAGAAGGCAGCCUUUCAUCAUUGGGCUCUUCUGUUAUAUAAUUAUCGAUACAUGCAUUUUCUCUACUACUAAAUUUGUGAGGAUCCCAUAAUUAUCAUUUGGUAGCAGCAUCUGAUAAAUAUUUAACAACCCACGGUUUGAAUUAUAACGGAGUAUUUAAACGUCAGCUAGUAA